AUGAGGCGCCUUGCUCAGGCGCUCGUGGCCUUGUUUGUUGCAUGCGGUGCUCACGCUGAGUUCCAGGGCCCUGACCAUUGUCUCGGCGAGCUACAUGACUCUUCCCAGGCGCGGUCUGUCGCAGAGGUUGUCGUCUGGGUGAAUGAAGAUGGAGACCUGCUUAGCACCGAAACUACCCACGCCACUGUGACACCGGCGCUGGUUGGCAAUUCCGCUACGACCAUCCCCACUCACCUAUCGAAAUUGACCUCAGAAUCGGCGAUGUCUCUUGCUACUCCCAUGCCUUCACAAUCCGAUUUACUAGAGGACAACACAUCCCCGAACAAAAGUCCUUCCGCCGACAGAUUACAGAAAAAACCGCAACCCAAUGCUCAUCAUCCUCAUCCAGAUCAACCGCCACAUCCUGACCAUCAUGAGGACCAGCAACGCCGAUUUGGAAUUUCAUACUCGCCAUAUAACGCAGAUAGAAGCUGCAAGACCCAAGCCGAAGUCAACAAAGACCUCGACAAGCUAUCGGGGUAUGCUUUUGUUCGAAUCUACGGCACAGACUGCGAUCAGACGAAGACUGUUGCCAUCGCUGCCCGACAACACAAGAUGCAGGUUUUUGCAGGAGUCUACGACCUAACAGAUUUCCCUGCAAGCCUGAAGGCUUUCAAUGAAGCGGCGACCCUCCCCGACGGAACAAAGGACUGGUCCGUGUUUCACACCAUCGCCAUUGGCAACGAGCUCGUCAAUGGUGGUAUCAGUUCGCCCGCGGAAGUGACUGGCGCUGUGAAUCAAGCUCGAACUGCGUUGCGUGCACAGGGAUAUCGAGGACCCGUAGUCACCGUCGACACGUUUUCCGUCCUUCUCAAGCACCCAGAACUAUGUCAUGCAUCAGAUUACUGCGCUGCCAACUGCCACGCCUUUUUCGAUGCCAAUCAGCAGCCCCAUGAUGCAGGACCGUAUGCACUUGAACAAGCCCACGCGGUCUCUCAAGUGGCAGGUGGGAAACGCACUAUCAUUACGGAAUCUGGAUGGCCGCACGCUGGCCAAGCGAAUGGUGCUGCCGUUCCCUCGGAGGAGAACCAACGUGUUGCCAUUGAGAGUAUCCGGCGCAGUUUUGCGCAUCGGGGGGACGAUCUCGUGCUCUUUACUGCCUUUGAUGACCUCUGGAAGCAGGACAAUAGGUACACUUUCAGCGCUGAGCGAUUCUGGGGUAUCUACCAGCGAUAA